CUCCUGCCUCUUCCCAGGUAUUUCUUCCCUCGGCAGCUCCUGAUCCGUUACUUCUGGACGCCCAAGCAGCAGCUGGAGUUCCUGGACGCGUACGACUGCAUCCGCAGGGACUCGUACCGGGACGUGCUGCGGAGCCUGGCGCUGGCAGCGCGCUCCCUGCCCGAGCCCCAGCCCCGCCAGCUCCUGCAGCAGCUCUGUGCCCAGGUGGAGGGAGGUGCUCGGCCACAGCUGGCCCAGCUCUUGGCCGUGAGGAGUUUGUUCUCUGGGUCUGUGCUGGCGCUGAACAGGCUCCAGGUGGAUCAUGUGAGAGCCCUGAGCCAGGUGCUGUUCCUGACCCCACAUUUACCGGCCUUUUUCCUGCGGCACCGGCUGCGGAGCCACGUCCUGGAGAUCCGACACCUGGACCGUGCCCUGCUGCAGCUGGGCCUGGGGCAGCUCUCAGAGGAGGAGCUGCGAGCGGCCUGUUACCUGCGGGGGCUGAACUCCACUCACCUGGGCCAGGCCGAGUGCCGGGCGUGGCUGGAGCAGUGGCUCAGGCUCUCCUGUGAGCUCCAAGGUACCUCUGAGAGGGGAGCCACAGCCAAAAUCCUUCUCCAGGCACAGGGAGUGUCACUCCUGGGGGGUUCUGGGCUGCUGGGGGGGAUUCUGUCCCCAUCUGGGUUCACACAGGGUUCUGUACAGAGCCUGUGCCCGGGUGUCCCUGUCCUGCAGAUCUCUGGUGGCAGACUGCAGCUCCAAGGAGAGGAAAACAGGAGAGGGAUGGAAAUGUGGGACCAGGAGCCCUGUGCUCCCCCCAUGCCCAUCCCCGUGUUCCCAACCUGCCACGUUCCUAUCCCAGUGCUGCCCAGUCCACCCCGAAACCCCCCAGUGCCCACCCCA